AUGAGCAGGCAGGCACCGACGGUGAGAUCUGUCCUGGGACGAAGAGGCUUCAGUUCAGCCUCGGAGAUCUGCGGUCGCAGCUACGCCGCAUCUGCCAGCCAGCCCGUGCGGUGUGGGGCUGGCGCCUACAGCAGCAGGAGUGUUUGCAACCUGGGCGGGAGCAGGAGGAUCUCCUAUGUCAAUGGGAGCUGCGGCACCGGCUGCUUUGGGGAGAUGGGGUUCGGAGGCAUGGGCUAUGGGAGCACUGGAGGAGGAAGGAUUGGCCUGUGUGGCCCCCGGGGAUACAGCAUCAUGCGGGGGUACCCUGAGCGCAAGGCCGACGGCAUCCAGGGGAUCUGCAUUGAUGAGCGGCUGCUGAAGCCCCUCUGCGUUGGGGUGGACCCGCUGGAACACGAGAUACGCUGCCAAGAGAAGGAGCAGAUCAAGACCCUCAACACGCAGUUUGCCUGUUUCAUUGACAAGGUCCGAUUCCUGGAACAGCAGAACAAAGUGCUGGAGACCAAGUGGGGCCUCCUGCAACAAUACGUGCUGCCAAAAAAAGGGAAAAACCUGGAACUGUACUUCGAGAAUUACAUCUGUGACCUGCGGAAGCGCCUGGACUGCUUGCUUUGUGAAAAGCAGAAACUGGGCAGUGAAGAAUGUGCCACAAGCCAGCUGGUGGAGGAGUUCAAGUGCAAGUAUGAAGAGGAAAUCAACAGGCGCACAACUGUGGAGAAUGAGUUUGUGGCACUCAAAAAGGAUGCAGACUGUAUCUUCUUGAACAAAGAAGAGCUGGAGGUGAAGGUGGAUCUUUUAAGGAGGCAGCUGGAGCUGCUGAAAUGUGUGUUUGAGGAGGAAAGGGCCCAGGUUGAUCGCCAGCUCUGCGACACUUCGGUCAUUGUCAAGAUGGACAACAACCGAGACCUGGACAUGGAAAGCAUCAUCAAGAAUGUCGAAUGCUGGUACCAGGAGAUUGCCCAGAAGAGCAAAGAAGAAGUUGAUGCUUUCUACCAGACCAGGUUUCAGGAGCUGCAGGAUAAGAGAGGGAAAUACUGCCAUGACCUGCAGAGCAACAAGUGUGAGAUUUCAGAGCUGACCCGGAUGAUCCAGAAGCUGCAGUGUGAGCUGGAGAGUGUCAAGAAGCAGGUCUCCUGCCUGCAAACCUCCAUUUGUGAUGUUGAGCAGCGUGGGGAUUGUGCCCUCAAAGAUGCCCGGGAAAAGCACAUUGAGCUGCAGAACGCUCUGCAAAAGGCCAAGGAUGAGCUGGCCUGCAUGCUGAGGGACUAUCAGGAGCUGCUCAAUGUCAAGCUGGCCCUGGACAUUGAGAUUGCCACUUACAAGACUCUGCUGGAGGGCGAAGAGAGCAGGAUAUGUGUGGGGAACCCUGUGAGUGUGUCUGUGGUCAGCAGCGGCUACAACAUCCCUGAUGACUGUGGGAUGAUGGCCAAUGGGGCUGUGUGUGGCUACGGCUCCCUGGGCAGACGAGCCGGGAGACACAGCUCCCAGAACGGUGGAUUCAGUUCCCGGAGUGCCGGAAUCCACCCCAAGAGAGUCCUCAGCUCCGUGGCCAAGCAGUGCAUCCCAGAGAUGUUCUGCCAGGCUGGAGGGGUCAGCUGCAAAGCCGGGGGGUUCAGCUCCCGCAGCGGAGGGUAUCCGGCUCGCACCGUGGUCAGCACUGGAAACGGGGGCCUGAAUGCCAGGAUGGGACCCUGCCAGGCUGGAGGAGUGGUCAGCUUUGGGAACCAGGGCUGUGUCAUCCGGCAGCUGGCGGGGCCUCCCGUUGUUGUGUCCAGCAGCCCUGAGGUCAUGGGGUGCAACAGUGGUGUGGUGGGGAAUUUUGGGGUUGUCAGAGACCCCUGUGUGGUCCCAUAG